AUGGGUAUUCUUCAAUACUUCCUCGGUAUCUCCUUCAAACGUGAUCACCAAGGACUUUUUCUCCAACAACAGAACUAUGCCGCUGACAUCUUACACCGUGCGGGCAUGACUGAUUGUAACCCCUGUCUAACUCCUUGUGACACAAAAUCCAAGCUCGCAGCAGCCGACAGUCCACGAAUAUCUGAUCCAACUCUCUACCGAAGUCUCGCUGGCGCCCUCCAAUAUCUCACCUUCACCCGACCAGAUAUUGCCUACGCCGUUCAACAAAUCUGCCUCUUCAUGCACGACCCUCGUGAGAGCCACUUCCAUGCCCUGAAACGGAUUCUGCGAUAUCUCAAAGGUACUCUCUCUCAAGGACUUCGGAUGUCUCGCAGCAGCUCCUAUGACUUAGUUGCCUACUCUGAUGCUGACUGGGCUGGCUGUCCUACAACACGACGCUCCACCUCUGGAUACUGUGUCUAUCUUGGUCCUAACCUCAUCUUAUGGUCCUCUAAACGACAAGCAACUAUCUCCCGCUCAAGCGCAGAGGCUGAGUAUAGAGGUGUCGCCAACGCUGUUUCUGAAACGACGUGGAUCCGAAACUUGCUCCUUGAAAUGAAGAUACCUCUGCCUCGAGCUACCAUUGUGUUCUGUGAUAACGUCUCUGCCAUAUACAUGUCUUCUAACCCGGUUCAGCAUCAACGUACCAAACAUGUCGAGAUCGACAUCCAUUUUGUUCGAGAGAAAGUCGCUAUUAGUCAAGUGAAAGUUCUCCACGUUCCUUCUGCUCAACAAUUUCCAGACAUUUUCACCAAAGGACUUCCAUCUCCUCUGUUUCUGGAUUUCAGGUCCAGCCUCAACGUCCGCUGA